AUGUUCUAGAUUACCAAGGAUGUCAAUUUCAAACACUGUCAGGUGUAAUAUUACGUAACCAUACUUGUCAUAUAAAUAUGGAACUGGAGGAAUUAGGCGUGGACAUAGCUUCAGUUCCCAACAGAACUUUUCACCCGUCUGCCUUUGGAGCACAUUCAAGUCGGUCUUCUUUAGGAGCCGCUGUGUACUCACUAUCGGAAGGACCAAGCUCUCUGAGCCCCGAGUGUUGCGCUCCUUAUGUCUCUUUUCCUAGCUCAACGACUGGUGCCAACACUCAAGUCAACUUAGGGUGCCGCUUUGCCAACAGUUGCUACACUUGCAAAACCCCUUCAAGCUUAGAGUUUCAGCAAAAUAUCAUGCAACACAGUGCCCGAGGGAAUGUAAGUGUACGUUCAACUGAUUUGCAGGACACGGUGAGCUUCAGCAGGGCUGCAAUGCGCUGUGGUGAAGUACCGGGCAUGGUUCGCGAGUUAGGAAUCUAUCAGGGCUUUAUUGGUCCCUACCCAAGGGUCCCUGGAUAUAUUGACGUGCCUGUAGCUCAGCGAGCAAGGACCAGAGAUCAUAGGCGUGAAAGUCCUUUCGCCGUGGAUCAGCCAUGGAGCCGGUCAAGCAGUUGGAACGGUCAAGUUUAUUGUCCCAAGGAGCAGAUGCAGAACUCGCAUAUCUGGAAAUCACCCAAGGCAGAGGACAGCGCGCUUUCUCGUUGUGACCUUCGGCGAGUGAGGAAGAAACGGGUUCCCUACACGAAGCUGCAGCUGAAAGAACUUGAGCAUGAGUACACUAUUACGAAGUUCAUUACCAAAGAGAGGAGAAGAAGGAUAGCCUCCUCCACCAGUCUGUCAGAGAGACAAGUUACUAUAUGGUUUCAAAAUCGCCGUGUCAAGGACAAGAAGAUAAUUUCAAAAAUAUCAAAAGACUUUGAACAUUUUAAUUAAACUAAUUAAAAUAAUGCUGUAUCAGUCUGACGAGCUUAAGAGAAUGUAGUGUAUUGUUUAUGCCAAGUAAGAGCGGUGUCCUCCUUAAUACAAUACAUUGGUCUUAAUUUAUUUUCAUUUCAACGGAAGAAACAAAAAAAAACGUGCUUUCAUGUAUAAAGGUUUUUAAUUUGUAGACUCAAAACUGUUCCUAUUGCAGCAUUAUAUUUGUAAUAUUAUAUUUCCUAACAGAUUUAAAGCAACACACACAAAGCUGUU